AAAUGUGGUGAUUGGUGACACGUUGGCUCGGGAUAAAAUUCUGGCCACCUAACUCGGGAUGAAUAGCAUUUCUCUUACAUUAUAUACUUGUUCAAUCUUAUUUAAACCCACCAUCAACAAUGUUCUUGCAGAAACUUCUUACUCUAAUUCACCAAACUCUUAAAAAGCUCUUCUUAUUCAUCAUCAGAAAAAUGUCAACACCCACUUCAAUUCCAGAGCUCAAAUCACCCAAUCCAGACCCAGAGCUCAAAACACCACCAAGUUCAGACCCACAGCCCAAGUCACUUGCUUCUGAGCCCCCACCCUUCGACCCCACUCGACCAUCGGUGCCCGUGUCUUACCCGAUCAAAACCCUUGAAGAGCUUGAGUCGAGAUCUUACUUUGACUCAUUUCACUACCCAUUCAACAAAGCUUCGGUUCCAUUUCCACGUGGAGCGACGUCAUCGCCACCAGAUAGGCCUCAGCUGCUUGUGUGCCAUGAUAUGGCUGGUGGGUAUGGAGACGAUAAAUGGGUUCAGGGAGGGACUAAUGGCGAGGCUUAUUCUAUAUGGCAUUGGCAUCUCAUCGAUGUUUUUGUUUACUUCUCUCAUAAUCUUGUUGCUCUUCCUCCUGUUUCAUGGGUUAAUACAGCUCAUCAGCAUGGCGUUAAGGUACUGGCGACUUUCAUUGUCGAAUGGGAUGCAGGGAGAGCUAUUGCUGACAAGUUGCUUGAAACAGAAGAGUCAUCUCAAAUGUACGCUGAGAGGUUGACAGAGCUCGCUGUAGCUUUGGGCUUUGAUGGAUGGCUGCUCAAUAUGGAAGUUAAAUUGAACGUGAACCAAAUUCCUAAUUUGAAAACAUUUAUCAGCCAUUUGACCCAGACUAUGCAUUCGAAAAUUCCAGGCUCUUUAGUCAUAUGGUAUGACAGUGUCACAGUUGACGGCUCUGUUCUUUAUCAAAAUCAACUGACUGAAAAAAAUAAGCCUUUCUUUGAUAUUUGUGAUGGAAUCUUUCUCAAUUACUGGUGGCGGGAACACUAUCCUACUAGAUCAGCUGCUGUUGCCGGGAAUAGAAAGUACGAUGUCUACUUCGGCAUAGAUGUGUUUGGAAGGAACACUUUUGGCGGUGGACAUUGGAAUACAAGUUUCGCACUUGAUGUGCUGAAAAAGGGUGAUGUGUCAGCAGCUGUUUUUGCUCCUGGAUGGGUCUAUGAGACUAACCAACCACCAGAUUUUCAGACUGCUCAAAAUCAUUGGUGGAGCCUUGUGGAGAAAUCGUGGGGAAUAGCACAACGUUAUCCUAGAGUCCUACCAUUCUACUCUAAUUUCGAUCAGGGCCGGGGUCACCAUUUCUCUGUCGAUGGACUACAAGUUCUAGAUUCUUCAUGGAACAACCUUUCAUGUCAAGGUUUUCAGCCACUGCUUGAGUACAAGGACAGCUCUACCACAGAUGGCAUAAAAGUGCUUGUUGAUCUGAAGGAAGGAUCUUACAGAGGUGGAAGUAAUAUUACAUUCAAAGGAAGUCUUAAAGGCAGUGGCGAUUUCACAGCAAGACUCUUCCUGGGAGAGCUUCCUUUGGGGAACUCACCUCUUUACUUUACUUAUUCUGUAAAAUCUAAGGCAAAUUCUCUGCUUGGCCUAAAUCUCAAUUUCUCUUCUGGGGCAGGAGAGAAAAAGUCUGUACUUCUUGCACCAGCAAAAGUAGAUCAUCUCUCAGGCAAAUUUAGUACAGUGGUCACAACAUGUCAACUAGAAAAUCUUGGAGCUUCUUCAGAAUGGACCAUACAGGAGAGCAGCAUCUCACUUAGUGGACACACAUUAACAGAAAUCUCUGCUUAUUGCUACAGGUCUGACAAUCAGAUUGUGAAAUUAGACGACGAUAACACUUCAGAUCAAAGUACAGCCUCAGCUGAGUACUAUGCUGUGCUUGGCCACAUAACAGUUAAAAGUUCAGCACAGAAAUCAAAUUUUCCACCCUCUUCUUCGUGGGUUGUCGAGGGUGAACACAUCAAAUGGACUCCAUCCUCUGAGGAUUCUAUGACUGUGAGUGUAAAGAUUAUUUGGAAAUUGAAAGAUGGGAAUAAUUCUACAUUCCCAAAAUACAAUAUUUAUGCAAAGAAAGCAGAAUCAGCAAGUGAGUUCCUUGGAGUGGCGCGAGUUCAAGCGUUUUAUGUUGGUGACUAUGCAGUUCCCUCUGGUAGUUCUGGUGUCAAAUUUUUCAUUCAAGUGUGUGAUGUUGAUGGGAGCAGCCAGACACUAGAUGAUUCUCCUUCUCUCCUAUUGGAACCAACCACCUAAAGAUCACUCUCAUUAUUAUGUGUUACUAGUUCUUUUAUUAAAUCUUCAAUAAGCAGCAUUAUCUAAAAUAACAAUAAAAAUGCUUUAAUAAUGACUUUAAUAAAAAAUAUGAUGGUUCACAAAACCCAUCAAUUUAAAUUGUAUCUUUCCCACCUUGUGAAAAUAAAAAAUUGUAUCUUUCUUUCUUCA